GGAAGCACAAAUCCUCAUGGAGGCAUACGAGGAGGUAAAAGAUAUAAUUAAGAAGAAAGGCAACACCGCCACAGUGAUAAAGCAAAGAGAAAAAGCGUGGCAAAGUAUUGCAGACCGCCUGAAUGCAUUAAACAUGAACGGGCCAAAACGGACAUGGCAGCAGGUCAAAAUCAAAUACAAGAACAUUCUGCAGAAUGCAGUGAAAAAGAAUACCCACAGACAAGGCACGGGUGGUGGGUCACCAAAGGCUGACCUUACCCCAGCAGAGGACAUGGCCUUGGAGCUAAAUAAAGGCAGGCCCGUCUUAGAGGGGAUCCCUGGGGGGAAAGAGACGAGCAUAGGUUCCUCCCAAGAUGCCACCCGCUUCAUUCAAGUGUCUGGAAGCACUGUGUUCCUGUUAGAGCCACCAGCACAAGCACCAGACGAUGCUGAUCCAGGUGAAAGCCCCAGUGCAGCAGCAACAGCACAUGAUGGAGACGAUGAUGAGGAGGAGACCAUCUCUGUGGAUUCCAGAAGGCAUGAGGACCCAGAUGCUAUACAGUGGGAAAACCAGCCUGGCAACAUAAGCUCACAAGCUAUCAGAAAGUUGUAUGGCAACCACCUCCGGCGCCAAAUAGAACUGGCAGACAUAGACAUUCAGUACAAGAAGAAAAAGAUAGAAAAUCUUGCACUGGAGUCCGAAAUAAAAAGAGGACAAUUAGGAAACUGGACCUUGAAAUAAAAAAACUUGAGAGGGAGGUGAGAUAUGCCUUCAAUGUACACUGUAUGCUAACUGUAACACAAAUGUAUUAAUCAUUAUUUUUCUUUCCUCCCCCAGCUCCAAGAAGAUGACACAGCUCAAAAUAAAAAUUAGGUAUAUUCUCGUAAAGUCAAGUGAGCCAUGACAUAUGAGCUCUUAUUGUGAGCACACAGGACGGUGGCAUCUUUCUAAGGUAUAUUUUAUUUUCACAGCAAUCAGUACAACCAAGUCAUCGUUAUAAGGCACCGGCCUCUUUUGCC